ACUACAUGGACGCCCAGUACUACGGGACCAUCUCGCUGGGGACCCCUCCCCAAAAUUUCCGCGUCAUUUUCGACACGGGCUCGGCCGAUCUGUGGGUGCCCUCCUCGCGCUGCUGCCUGCUCUACCUGGCCUGCUGGCUGCACCCCCAUUACCAGCCCGGGCUGUCCUGCACCCACCGGGCCAACGGCACCGCCUUCGCCAUCAGCUACGGCAGCGGCAGCCUGAGGGGCUUCCUGAGCACCGACACCCUCACGGUGUCCAACGUCUCGGUGCCCAACCAGACGUUUGCCGAGGCCGUGGCCCUGCCCGGCCUGGCCUUCGCGGCCGCGCGUUUCGAUGGCGUCCUGGGCCUGGCGUUCCCCGGCGCCGCCGCCGGCCCCGCGCGCCCGGUCUUCGACAACAUGAUGGAGCAGGGGCUGUUCCGCGACAACGUCUUCUCCUUCCACCUGCGCAGUGGGGCGUCGGAGGGCGACGGGGGGGAGCUGCUUUUGGGGGGCAUCGACGAGGGACAGUUCGAGGGACCCCUGCACUACAUCCCCGUGUCCCGAAAGAGCUACUGGCAGGUGCACAUGGACAGGCUGUCCGUGGGGUCCCCGGGGGUCGCGGGGUGCCGGGACCCCCCCCUGUGCGGGGGUGGCUGCGAGGCCAUCGUGGACACGGGGACAUCGCUGAUCACCGGGCCCAGCGCAGAGGUGGCCGCGCUGCACCGGGCGCUGGGGGGGUCCCGCACGGCGGGGGGGCAGUACCUGCUGGACUGUGACAAGGUCCCGUCCCUGCCCAACGUCACCUUCGUCCUGGGGGGGAAGGAGUUCACGCUCGACCCCCAGCACUACGUGCUCCAGGUGUCACAGUGGGGGACCCCCACGUGUGUCAGUGGUUUCAUGGCCCUCGAUGUCCCCCCGCCCGCGGGUCCCCUCUGGAUCCUCGGGGACGUUUUCCUGGCGCGUCACUACGCCGUGUUCGACCGGGACCACGCCCGCGUGGGGCUGGCCCCCAGCAAGUGA